AUGUUUUUAAAAAUAAUUGAAGCCGAUAAUUUGCGUGCAACACAACAUUCAACACGUUAUUUUCCUCAAAAUCCAUCAACAACUUAUGUUAGUCCAUAUGUAUCAGUUGAUAUUGAUGAUUUACCAUUAGGACGUACACAUACAAAAGAAAAAACAACCACACCAGCAUAUAAUGAAGAAUUUUCAAGUGAUGUUUACAAUGGACAUCAGUUACAUUUUACGAUAUUUCAUGAUGCUGCAUUACCACCUGAUGAAUUUGUUGCUGAUUCUACAAUUAAAUUUGAAAAUAUUCAUGAUAAAAAAAGUGACAUAUGGAUUGAUCUUGAACCAGCUGGAAGAAUUCAUAUAGCUAUUGAAUUACAAGGACAAUUUAGUGAUUCUGUUAGUAAUGAACGACAUUUUAAACAAAAUAAACAAGCUUUUGCUCAACGACGUUUUGCUGUUGUACGUCGUGUUUAUGAAAUAAAUGGACAUAAAUUUAUGGCAACUUUUUUUCGUCAACCAACAUUUUGCUCAAUUUGCUCAGAAUUUAUUUGUUUGUACAUGUGUGAUACACAAACGUAUCGUGAAAAACGUCUUAAAAUUAAUAUACCACAUAUUUUUGUUGCUCAUACUUAUCGAUUAUUUACAUUUUGUGAUCAUUGUGGAUCACUUUUAUGGGGAGCUUGGAAUCAAGGAAUGCAAUGUACAGAUUGCAAAUUAAAUGUACAUAAACGUUGUACACGUAAUGUUGCCAAUGAUUGUGGUUUAGAUAAGAGAAAAUUUGCAUCAAUUUUAGCCGAUCUUGGUAUAAACACAGGACCACAAAAAAUGGAAAAACCUAAUUUACCAAGUGAAGUAGAUACAUCAUCUGCUAAUCAACCUGGUGCAACAUCAAUAAAACAUGCAACUCCUCCUCCAUCUUCAUUUGAUGAUAAUUCAAUAAAACAAAAACAUCAUAAUUUAAUUGAUGAGUUUAAUUUUUUGAAAAUAUUAGGAAAAGGAUCAUUUGGAAAAGUUAUGCUAGGUGAACAUAGAUUAACUGGUGAAAUCUUUGCUAUAAAAGUGCUCAAUAAAGAUGCGAUUAUUCAAAAUGAUGAUGUUGAAUGUACAAUGACAGAACGACGAAUUUUAGCUUUAUCAGCUCGACAUCCAUUUUUAACUGGACUUUAUUGUAGUUUUCAAACAAAGGAACGUUUACUUUUAAUUAUGGAAUAUGUUAAUGGUGGUGAUUUAAUGUUUCAAAUUCAACGUUCACGGAAAUUUGACGAAGUACGUGCACGAUUUUAUGCAUCAGAAGUAACAUUAGCAUUAAUGUUUUUACAUCGACAUGGUGUUAUUUAUCGUGAUCUCAAACUUGAUAAUAUUCUACUUGAUGCCGAAGGACAUUGUAAAAUUGCUGACUUUGGUAUGUGUAAAGAAGGUAUAUUUGAUGGAAAAUUAACAUCUACAUUUUGUGGUACACCUGAUUAUAUUGCACCUGAAAUUCUUCAAGAACUCGAUUAUUCAUUUUCUGUUGAUUGGUGGGCAUUAGGAGUAUUAAUGUAUGAAAUGAUGGCUGGACAACCACCAUUUGAAGCUGAUGAUGAAGAUAGUUUAUUUGAAUCUAUUUUACGUGAUGAAGUACUUUAUCCUGUUUGGUUAUCAAAAGAAGCCGUACAUAUUCUUAAAUCAUUUAUGACAAAAAAUCCAGCUAAACGUCUUGGUUGUGUAGCAGCCCAAGGUGGUGAAGAUGCAAUUAAACGUCAUGCAUUUUUUGCUGGAAAAAUUGAUUGGGAAGCAUUGGAACGUCGACAAGUUAAACCACCAUUUAAACCAAAAGUGGUUAACCCACGAGAUACAAGUAAUUUUGAUAAAGAUUUUACAAAUAUGCCUGUUGUAUUUACACCAAUUGAAUCAGUUAUUGUUAAAGCAAUAAAUCAAGAUGAAUUUAAAGAUUUUUCAUUUCAAAAUCCUGAUUGGCGUUGUUUAGAACGUGGUGAAGUACCAAAAGAUGAUGCUAAUGAUGGUCGACGUGCAUUACGUGAUGACUUAGCUGUAAAUUUAAAACAACCAUUACCAAUGACACCUAUAUCAUCAAAUCCAUCAACAACAAAUGAUAAUGUUUCAUCAACAAUAACAGUUGUUAAAACAGAUCAUAUGCCAAUACCACAUAUAGAAACAAAACGAAAUCCAACUCCAACACCAUUUCAAUUAAAUUCCAUAUCAUCAUCAUCAUCAUCAUCCAAUUCUUCAUCAUUGAUAAAUGCUCAACAAAAAUCAAUGAUACAUAAUAAUAUUAAUAAUAAAACAGUAAUUAUUAAUCGUUCAACAACAAAUGAAACCGAUAUGUAA